AUCACGUUAACAAGUCAGUCUUCGUAAGGUAUCUCAAUUUAUACAAUUCGUAAGAACAUCAAAACAAAAAAAUGAAGACAAUAUUGUUUCUCUGUCUAAUCGCUUGCAUAGGAUUGUCUAACGCAAAAAUAAGUUUUCCGAAUUCAAUCAUUGAUAAUAUCUCUGGAGCAGGCCUAAACAAGUCUAUUGAGUACAUUAAGGGCUUCGCAGCUAAAUUCGAUCCAAUCUCCGUUGCGAAUGUGAAUAAAAGCAGUUUUACUGGAAUAUCGGUAAAAGCCAAGAAGCUAGAUGUAUCUGGCUUCUCCAACUACAGCUUGAGUGAUGUAAACGUUGGGCUAAACAGCUUUGGUUUUACUGUAACACUUCAUUCUAUUAAAGCAUCCGGAGAAGAUUUAGGCCUUCACUCACUAUUGGGAAAUGACGUUGAGAUCAAAAGUCUAGAGCUCGAAUUCAAAGGAAUCCAAUAUAAAGUGGAGUUCUCCUGGAUUUACCUUCUGAAAUUCAGACUUCGAAAAUUGAAUGUUCUUCCACAUGUCGAUGGUGGUUCGGCACAUAUCGUUUGGCAUUCAAAUGACCAUUAUGUCGACUUCACAACUGAUGAUGCGGCUAUUCAGAAGGUAAACCGUUGGCUCGUUAAAAACCAGAAAAAUUAUAGCGCAGUACUGUUAAAUCACGUAAACAGUAUCUUGAACACUUUACAAUCUUAAGUCUCCUAUAUGUAUUAGCAUGAAAUACCUAAAUGUACCGAAGAACUUACUGUAAAUGCAAUAAAAUAAAUUUGAAAUAAAAA